CGGCGCAUCACCACCACCAUCACCACCCGUCUGCAGCAGCAGGUCAGGUGACCUCCUCACACCCCCACAGUACCAGUAUGCACCAGGACGGUAGGGGGACAGGAGGGGGGGGAGGAGGGAGCAGCGAGGGGGGACGAGGUGAAAAACAUGGACACAAUGCCUCUCCACUUCCUGUCACACAGGGAACACCACAUCAUCACCCCAUGGCGCCUAGCAAUGGAAACUUCCUCCACGGUUAUGGUGGUGGUGCGGACUGCGGCGUUAUGAACAAGCAGGGACACACCCAUCCAGACAUGAUGGGCCUAUCAGAGGGUGGGAGCUGCAAUGGGGGAGGGGUGAUGGGUGGUAGCUUCCUGGGGGGGCUGGGAUUACCCCCUGGGGUCAUUGUCAUGACGAUGGGGUCAGCAGGGGGUGGGAUUUCAGAUGCUGGUAGCGCCUUCCAGAUGACGGGCAGCCAACGGGUGUUAACGGACUGCCAGCAGCACGCAAACUCUUCCCCCUGCCCCUCUUCCUCCUCACCCUCAUCGUCAGGGGUGACGACAGGGGGCGUGGCCUUGUCUUCAUCUUCGUCUUCAUCAUCAGGGGUGGUAGCCAAGAGGAAGAGGAAGCGUUGCGGCGUGUGCGGGCCAUGCAGGCGGCUGAUUAACUGCGGCGUCUGCUCUUCCUGUCGCAACAGGAAGACGGGUCACCAGAUCUGCAAGUUCAGGAAGUGUGAGGAGCUGAAGAAGAAACCGGGGGGAGGAGGGGUGACCCUGGAGCGACCGCCAUCUGUUCCGACCGGCGAGGCGUUUCGUUGGUUCUUCUAGCCGUCCUUCCACCAGUCGCAGCUAGAGGCCUAACAGGAAGUCUCCAUUGUAUAUGGACACAAAUCAGGAUUGGAUGCAUUUGAAAAGGGACUAGAACUUCUCCAACUGCACCAGAUGCUUUGCAGCUGGAUUACAGUUUCAUGCUGUGUGGAUGACUAUUUAAGACUUUAAAUCCCACCUUACAGGGAAGCAGCUAGGAGGACAAAUGAGGAGGGGGCAGUUUGGUCACAGCCGAUAUGAACUGGCCAAUCACCAUGUGGUGAGAGGAUACUUUCCCUGAACUUGUUUGCAGGUAAAUGUUCACAGCAGCUCUUAAUAGACAAGCAGAGGUUGUCUAGAUGCUAACAAGCUAACUGGCUCGUAAUGCUACCAGUCUUUAUCGUUGCAUCUUGGUGCCACAGAACACUACGGUUAGCAGCUUCCAGUGUUCUGUUUUCUAAGCAUAUUGACAUCAGAGGUGCUCAGACAUGACCUGCCUCCAGAUGCUGUACCGUCACCCAAACUCCCCGUUUCAUUAAGUGAUUCUAACGAGUCUGCUGUCGUGCUCAUUAAUGGCUGUUACCACAGUCAGAGCUUUGUAUGUGCUAUUAAGAAUAGAGACAGAAACAGGAUGGGAACCAGUGCCAAAGCUUUGCAACAUUUGGUUUGAAACUGGUUUACUACGAUUGGCCAGAAUGGGCAGGUACUGGCUGUGUUUGUACUGGUGAAUCAGAGCAGGCCCCUCCCAGCUGAGAUGUCUCACCACAAGCCAGGUGUGCCGUGUUCAGGUCUUAUUUGACACCAUUAUUGGCAGAGAUGUCCUGAGCCAAGGAUCAGUAUUAGAUCAAAUAAAGCCGAUUAACAUCGGAGCCUUUCGCUGCAGCACCAGCAGGCCGAGGGGGACACCCUGCUAAAGGAGCCAGGCGCUACAGUGGCAGCGUUUUGCUCAUAUAUGCAAAGUGUGUGACACCUGUAGUGGC